AACGGGUGAGUAUCCCGCGCGGGGAUCGCUUGUCCCCUUGGGGCCUUGUCAGUCGGUGGGUGGGCUUCGUUUGACAGUUGCGUGACCUGCCCCUCGGCCUCGCUUCUGUCCUUGCCUUGUGUGUUUAUGACGAACCCUCCGGGCUUGCGGGCCCAGACGUGAGGGAGCUUUCCGCUGCAGAUGAUGGGCCUGCUUUCCAGGGCGGCUUGUCGAAAGCCCGGGAGCGUCUGGCCGCUUCCGCCUCAACCACAGGCGGGGGUUUUGUGAGCUCCUAGUGCCAAGGGUUUUCUUUCCACCAGACCACCGCUGUAAAUCUCGAGGGUCUUACUCAUUAGAAGUUAGAAUUUACAAUUGACGUGUAAAGGAAGAAUUUCCUUAGUAUCUUCUCACAAGCACGCACUUCGCAUUUUUAGAUUUCUAGAGUUUUCUUUGUAGAAAGUAAUUUUGAGGUUGUCAGAGAAUAAAUGACAUUAGAAGGGUUUUUAAAGUAAAACAAGAAUGUCAGAUGAUAGCCUGGGAUUUUCUCUUGGUUGUAAAUGAAUAUCUUACUGAGAACCACUUUAACCAUGCCUGCCCCUCAAAGAUAGGAAAGGUUGGAUAUAUAGAAACUUUCUCGUAUUAGAAAUACCGACGUGCAAUGGUUUUGUGUAUACAAGGGAUUAGGCAAUAGGAGGCUAUUUUUGUUUUAAGACUAGGGUUGAAUUAGCAGAAAGACCAAUAGAAGAUCUAACAACUCUUGUCAAUUGUCAAGGAUAACUUUGAUUAUGAGACUUUUGACUUUGUAGAUUCAGUAAUUUCCUCUCGUUAGCUAUUUUAAUAUAGUCAAUUUCCUUAUAAUAGCCAAGAGUAAAAUUUGUUAUUAAACCUUAGAAAGACUAGUUUCUUACUACAAGGAUGGGACGAUAGGAGCGAAAUUUCGAGUCUAAGGGAAAACGCUGGCCGAGUGUGGUGGCUCACGCCUGUAAUCCCAGCACUUUGGGAGGCCGAAGUGGGCGGAUCACCUAAGGUCGGGAGUUUGAGACCAGCCUGGUCAACAAGAUAAGUUUAUACCAUGGAUAGCACAAAGGAGAAGUGUGACAGUUACAAGGAUGAUCUUCUGCUUAGGAUGGGACUUAAUGAUAAUAAAGCAGGAAUGGAAGGAUUAGAUAAAGAGAAAAUUAACAAAAUUAUAAUGGAAGCCACAAAGGGGUCCAGAUUUUAUGGAAAUGAGCUCAAGAAAGAAAAGCAAGUCAACCAACGAAUUGAAAAUAUGAUGCAACAAAAAGCUCAAAUCACCAGCCAACAGCUAAGAAAAGCACAAUUACAGGUUGACAGAUUUGCAAUGGAAUUAGAACAGAGCCGAAAUUUGAGCAAUACCAUAGUGCACAUUGACAUGGAUGCUUUCUAUGCAGCUGUAGAAAUGAGGGACAAUCCAGAAUUGAAGGAUAAACCCAUUGCUGUAGGAUCAAUGAGUAUGCUGUCUACUUCAAAUUACCAUGCAAGGAGGUUUGGUGUUCGUGCAGCCAUGCCAGGAUUUAUUGCUAAGAGACUGUGCCCACAACUUAUAAUAGUGCCCCCAAACUUUGACAAAUACCAAGCUGUGAGUAAAGAGGUUAAGGAAAUACUUGCUGAUUAUGAUCCCAAUUUUAUGGCCAUGAGUCUUGAUGAAGCCUACUUGAAUAUAACAAAGCACUUAGAAGAAAGACAAAAUUGGCCUGAGGAUAAAAGAAGGUAUUUCAUCAAAAUGGGAAACUCUGUAGAAAAUGAUAAUCCAGGAAAGGAAGUUAAUAAACUGAGUGAGCAUGAACGAUCCAUCUCUCCACUACUUUUUGAAGAGAGUCCUUCUGAUUUGCAGCCCCCAGGAGAUCCUUUCCAAGUGAACUUUGAAGAACAAAACAAUCCUCAAAUACUCCAAAACUCAGUUGUUUUUGGAACAUCAGCCGAGGAAGUGGUAAAGGAAAUUCGUUUCAGAAUUGAGCAGAAAACAACACUGACAGCCAGUGCAGGCAUUGCCCCAAAUACAAUGUUAGCAAAAGUAUGCAGUGAUAAGAAUAAACCAAAUGGACAAUACCAAAUUCUUCCCAAUAGACAAGCUGUGAUGGACUUCAUCAAGGAUUUACCCAUUAGAAAGGUUUCUGGAAUAGGAAAAGUUACAGAGAAAAUGUUAAAGGCCCUUGGAAUUAUUACAUGUACAGAACUUUACCAACAGAGGGCAUUGCUCUCUCUCCUUUUCUCUGAAACAUCUUGGCAUUAUUUCCUUCAUAUCUCCUUGGGUCUAGGUCCAACACACCUGACAAGGGAUGGAGAGAGGAAAAGUAUGAGCGUUGAGAGGACGUUCAGUGAGAUAAAUAAAGCGGAAGAACAAUACAGCCUAUGUCAGGAACUUUGCAGUGAACUUGCUCAAGAUCUACAGAAAGAAAGACUUAAGGGUAGAACUGUUACCAUUAAGUUGAAGAAUGUGAAUUUUGAAGUAAAAACUCGUGCAUCUACAGUUUCAUCUGUUGUUUCUACUGCGGAAGAAAUAUUUGCCAUUGCUAAAGAAUUGCUAAAAACAGAAAUUGAUGCUGAUUUUCCACAUCCCUUGAGAUUAAGACUUAUGGGUGUUCGGAUAUCUAGUUUUCUCAAUGAAGAAGACAGGAAACACCAACAAAGGAGCAUUAUUGGCUUUUUACAGGCUGGAAACCAAGCCCUGUCAGCCACUGGGUGUAUACUAGAGAAAACUGACCAAGAUAAGUUUGUAAAACCUCUAGAAAUGUCUCAUAAGAAGAGUUUCUUUGAUAAAAAACGAUCAGAAAGGAAAUGGAGUCACCAAGAUACAUUUAAAUGUGAAGCCGUGAAUAAACAAAGUUUCCAGACAUCACAACCAUUCCAAGUUUUAAAGAAGAAGAUGAAUGAGAAUUUGGAAAUAUCAGAGAAUUCAGAUGACUGUCAGAUAUUUACCUGUCCUGUUUGCUUUAGGGCACAAGGGUGCAUCAGUCUGGAAGCCUUGAAUAAACAUGUAGAUGAAUGUCUUGAUGGACCUUCAAUCAGUGAAAACUUUAAAAUGUUCUCAUGUUCACGUGUUUCUGCUACCAAAGUUAACAAGAAAGAAAAUGUUCCUGCUUCUUCACCUUGUGAGAAGCAAGAUUAUGAAGCCCAUCCAAAAAUUAAAGAAAUACCUUCAGUAGAUGGUGUAGCUUUAGUAGAUACUAUAGAUAACUCAUCUAAAGCAGAAAGCAUAGAUGCUUUAAUUAAUAAGCAUAGCAAGGAAGAAUGUUCUAGUCUCCCAAGCAAGUCUUUUAAUAUUAAACACUGUCGUCAGAAUUCUUCUUGUACUGUUUCAUUGGAAAACGAAGAUGUUGGGUCAUUAAGUAGACAAGAGUACUGCCAGCCUUACUUAUGUGAAGUGAAAACAGACCAAGCUCUAGUUUGUCCUGUUUGUAACGUAGAACAAAAGACUUCAGAUCUAACCCUGUUCAAUGUGCAUGUGGAUGUUUGCUUAAAUAAAAGUUUUAUCCAAGAAUUAAGAAAGGAUAAAGUUAACCCAGUUAAUCAACCUAAAGAAAGCUCCAGAAGUACUGGUAACUCAAGUGGAGUACAGAAGGCUGUAACAAGAACAAAAAGGCCAGGAUUGAUGACAAAGUACUCAACAUCAAAGAAAAUAAAACCAAACAAUCCCAAACAUACCCUUGAUAUAUUUUUUAAGUAAACAUUGAACAUUUUAUCAUUAAUUUUUAAUUGAAACUUGUUAUUUUAUAAUCAAUGAAUUUGUUCUUUGUGAUUUUAAGUUUGCAGAUUUAUUUAGUGAAGGCAAGUGCAAUAAUCCUUCCUCAGAUGAUGUUUGCUUUUCUAAGAUACAUAUACUGAUUCUGUGUAUCUUUUUUAUAACCAUGAGAAUUUUACUUCCAUUAUACAUCAACUGGAAAUUAAUCCUGUUAAGAGAUAAUUUUUAAAAGGGAAAUUAGGAAUGGGAUAAGAAGGUGAUUUUUUUUAUUAUUUUUAUACUGAAUAUAAAAACAUUUGUAAGGGCUCUCAAAGAUUCACACAUACCUAUAUUAUCAUAAGAAUUUUUCAGCACUUAACUACUUUGUUGGCAUUGAUCCUAGUAUCUUUAAAUACUUCAUGAGCAUUCAUAAUUAAAAUUUAUCUUAAGUUCUGUGAAGAGUAUUAAUGUAACUAGCAUAAGUGGUUUUCUUCAGGAAAAUAAAUAUCACAGUAUUAUCUGUGUUAAAAUGG